AUGAUCAAGAUAAAGGAUAAGGCGACACAAAGAAAGUACGCUCAGACAAAGUUCCCGACAUGGACCUACAAAGUCAGAGAUGGUGCACUUGGAGGAUUGUACGGUUUUCCUUGUACUGAAGGAUAUAUGAAGAUAGGUUACAGAGGCUUGAAAUGGAUCAACCCCGUCGGCGACAUCAAUUCAAAAGUGAAAACCAAAUGGAGUCCUGAGGAGCAGGAAACAAACAUCCCUCUCUUUGCGUUGAAGCAAAUCAAGAACUUCAUCAGAGAAAACAUUCCGGAGGUGAAGAAGAUCUCCAUGACUCGGCUUUGUUGGUAUUCAGAUAGCUCGGACAAUGACUACCUAAUAUCAUACUGCCCCUACUACGAAGACCGGUCUGUUUUUGUCAUGGCCGGCGAUUCUGGACAUGCGUUCAUGAUGCUAGGCAGUAUUGGUGAUGUUGCAACCGAUAUCAUUAACGACGAGGGAGAUCCAUUUCUGAGAAAUCUGUUCUCUUGGGAGAGAGAAAGAGAGACGCUGAAUAUUAUCAAUUCUGGAGCAGAGGAUCCGAGAUGCCUAACAGAAACGGUGAUGGCCUCUCCUAAGGACUGGUGGAUUGACGAACCGUCCAAAUUGUAA